AUGCAGUACAAUCGGCUUGGCGAGUCGGACCUGGUGGUGUCGCGCAUUUGCCUCGGCACCAUGCUUUUUGGAGAAGCGCUGAGCUACCAGGAUGCAUCGGCACAGCUAAGCAGGGCUGUGGAGGGAGGGGUGAACUUCUUUGACACGGCUGAGAUGUACCCUGUGCCACAGCGGGCAGAGACGCAGGGCCGAAGUGGCAGGCCCAUCUACGCAGAUAUCGUGGAUAAGAGGGGGGCCUUGUGCCUAGACCCCGGGUUCCCUCAGGUGGUGGGUCCAUCAGCUCAAAUGACGUGGAUAAAAGGGGGGGCCUUGUGCCCUAGACCCCGGACCUUUCAGGUAGCGGGCCCAUCGGCUCAAAUGACGUGGAUAAGAGGGGGCCCUUUUGCCCUGGACCCCGUUAAUAUCACAUCCGCUAUAGACACCAGUCUGCAGCGCCUGCAGUGUGACUAUAUCGAUUUGCUGCAGCUCCACUGGCCCGAUCGCUACGUGCCCAUGUUUGGCGACUGGGAGUUUGACCCCCGAUGUGACUAUAACGAGUACAGCUCGUUUGAAGCACAGCUGGAGGCUCUAGGAAGGGCAGUGGACGCAGGGAAAGUGCGGUACAUUGGACUCAGCAACGAGACAGCAUGGGGAUUGGGAAAGUUUCUGGAAGCUGCCAGCCAGCCUGCAACUCCCUCCUCCUCGUCUCCUCUCUGCCCUCGCCCGAUCGCCCUGCAGAACGCCUAUUCCCUGCUCUGCCGCACAUUUGACUCCACCCUAGCUGAGUCGUGCCACCACGAGCACAUUCCCCUGCUCGCAUACAGCCCUCUGGCCAUGGGGCUGCUCUCGGGUAAAUACCACUGCAGCCCCCAAAUAGCCUCUACUUAUGAUGGGGUAAAGCCUGCAGAGUGGCAGGAGGUGUGGGAGAAAGGAGUUUGGUGGUUUGGUGGUUGGAGAGAAAAUAGCAUGGCCACUGCAGUGGUCUCCAACCUCAGCCUCUGCCUGCCACCCCAAGCCUUUUUUGAGACGUCUCAAAACAGCAUGGCCACUGCAGCGGUCUCCAACCUCAGCCUCUGCCUGCCACCCCAAGCCUACUGGCCAGAGAGCAAAGGCACAUGGGUGUAUGAGGUCACGGGGCAUGAAGGCACAUGGGUGUAUGAGGUCACGGGGCAUGAAGGCACAUGGGUGUAUGAGGUCACGGGGCAUGAAGGCACAUGGGUGUAUGAGGUCACGGGGCAUGAAGGCACAUGGGUGUAUGAGGUCACGGGGCAUGAAGGCACAUGGGUGUAUGAGGUCACGGGGCAUGAAGGCACAUGGGUGUAUGAGGUCACGGGGCAUGAAGGCACAUGGGUGUAUGAGGUCACGGGGCAUGAAGGCACAUGGGUGUAUGAGGUCACGGGGCAUGAAGGCACAUGGGUGUAUGAGGUCACGGGGCAUGAAGGCACAUGGGUGUAUGAGGUCACGGGGCAUGAAGGCACAUGGGUGUAUGAGGUCACGGGGCAUGAAGGCACAUGGGUGUAUGAGGUCACGGGGCAUGAAGGCACAUGGGUGUAUGAGGUCACGGGGCAUGAAGGCACAUGGGUGUAUGAGGUCACGGGGCAUGAAGGCACAUGGGUGUAUGAGGUCACGGGGCAUGAAGGCACAUGGGUGUAUGAGGUCACGGGGCAUGAAGGCACAUGGGUGUAUGAGGUCACGGGGCAUGAAGGCACAUGGGUGUAUGAGGUCACGGGGCAUGAAGGCACAUGGGUGUAUGAGGUCACGGGGCAUGAAGGCACAUGGGUGUAUGAGGUCACGGGGCAUGAAGGCACAUGGGUGUAUGAGGUCACGGGGCAUGAAGGCACAUGGGUGUAUGAGGUCACGGGGCAUGAAGGCACAUGGGUGUAUGAGGUCACGGGGCAUGAAGGCACAUGGGUGUAUGAGGUCACGGGGCAUGAAGGCACAUGGGUGUAUGAGGUCACGGGGCAUGAAGGCACAUGGGUGUAUGAGGUCACGGGGCAUGAAGGCACAUGGGUGUAUGAGGUCACGGGGCAUGAAGGCACAUGGGUGUAUGAGGUCACGGGGCAUGAAGGCACAUGGGUGUAUGAGGUCACGGGGCAUGAAGGCACAUGGGUGUAUGAGGUCACGGGGCAUGAAGGCACAUGGGUGUAUGAGGUCACGGGGCAUGAAGGCACAUGGGUGUAUGAGGUCACGGGGCAUGAAGGCACAUGGGUGUAUGAGGUCACGGGGCCUUCAUGGACGUCACUGCCCGUGACCUUCAUGCACGCUGCUGCCGUCAGCCCCAAUACUUGCAACCCAUUGGUUCCUUCCACCCGCGGAGCGGACCGCCCGUGA